AACGGGAAGGCCAGCCCCAUCGUCUACAAGGCCAAUGGCACCUCACGACAUUACCAGCUGGAGGAGCACCCCGUCACCCUCAACCCCUACCGGAAUGUGAAGGACGUGGUGGAGGCCUCCGUUUGCCAUGUGAAGGACCUGGACAAUGGACAGAUGCGAGAAGUCGACCUGGGCUGUGGGAAGGCUCUGCUGGUGAAAGAACAUGGAGAGUUUUAUGCCAUGGGCCAUAAGUGUCCUCACUACGGCGCCCCACUGGUGAAAGGGGUCUUGUCCAAAGGCCGAAUCCGUUGCCCGUGGCAUGGGGCUUGCUUCAACAUCAGCACUGGUGAUAUUGAAGACUUCCCAGGGCUGGAUAGUCUCCCCAAAUUCCAGGUGAAAAUUGAGAAGGAAAAAGUGUACAUCCGAGCAAGCAAACAGGCUCUUCAAGCCCAGAAGCGGACGAAGGUGAUGGCGAAAUGCAUCUCCCUCAGCAACUACAGCAUCAGCAGCACCAACGUGCUCAUCAUUGGGGCAGGUCCUGCUGGGCUGGUGUGUGCAGAGACGCUGCGUCAAGAGGGCUUCUCGGACAGGAUUGUGAUGUGCACAAUCGAUCGACAUUUGCCCUACGACAGGCCCAAGCUGAGCAAGGUUGGUGCCCACCUAGGAAUUUCUCCAAGACCCAAAACGCUCAGCUGCAAAGGCAAGGAAGUGGAGAACGUCUUCACCAUCCAGACCGUGGAAGAUGCCAACCGGGUGGUCAAAGUGGCCACUGGCAAAAACGCCGUCGUGGUGGGAGCUUCUUUCCUUGGGAUGGAGGUGGCCGCCUACCUUUCGGAGAAGGCUCACUCGGUCUCGGUGGUGGAGCUGGAAGAAGUCCCUUUCAAGAGGUCCUUUGGGGAAAAGGUUGGGCGAGCCCUCAUGAAGAUGUUUGAAAACAACCGAGUGAAGUUCUACAUGCAGACUGAAGUGUCGGAACUGCGGGAACAGGAGGGCAAGCUAAAAGAGGUGGUGCUGAAGAGCGGCAAGGUUCUUCGGUCAGAUGUCUGUGUGAUCGGCGUAGGAGCCACGCCAGCCACCGGCUUUUUGAAGCAGAGCGGCGUUCAUCUGGACUCCAAAGGUUACAUCGUGGUGAACAAGAUGAUGCAGACCAACGUUCCAGGAGUUUUUGCUGCGGGCGACGCAGUCACUUUUCCCUUGGCACUGAGAAACCACAAGAAGACCAACGUUCCACACUGGCAGAUGGCCCACAUGCACGGGCGCAUAGCAGCACUGAACAUGCUGGCCUAUGGGACAGAAAUCAGCACCAUCCCUUACCUGUGGACCGCCAUGUUUGGCAAGAGCAUUCGCUAUGCAGGUCAUGGAGAAGGAUUUGAUGAUGUGAUU